CCCGGGCAGCGCGGCCGGGGCCCCCCCCCGGGGGGCCGCCCGCGGGGCCGGCGCCGGGGGGCGGCGGCGCGGAGCUCUCUAAAGCCAUGGGGCAGGCGCAGGCGGUGGCCGCGCGAGCGGCCCGCCCUGGCGCGCCCCGCGGCGGGGAGCCCGGCAGGGUCACGGUGGUGGCCCGCUUCGAGGCCGACGACGGGGUCGGGGCGAACCACGAGCUCGAGUUCGCCUUGCCGCCCGGGGCCACCGCCGCGUCGCUGCUGGCGCAGCUCUCGGAGCGCCUGCGGGGCACCGGCGCGCCGCGGGCGGUGGGCCUGCGGGUGCUGCGCGGGCGGAGCACCCCGCGCAUGGCGGCCUACCCGAGGGCCGUGGCGGCUGCGUGCGGCGGCCUCUGCGCCGGCGAGGCGCCGCGCGCCCGGGGCGGCGAGGCGCCGGAGGGCUGCGCCCUGCUGGCGGCGCUGGCGGGCGCGCCGGGGGAGGCCUCGCUGGUGCUGGACUACGGGCUUCCCGUGCAGGACGCCCUGGGCACCGGCGACGCGUUCGAGGCCGUCUUCGAGGUGGCGUGCCCCUCCUCCGCGCGGCGGGGGCCGGGGGAACCCGCCGUGCACGGCCUGCACGCCGCGGCGGCGCCGCGCUCGCCGCACCACCACAGCAUCGAGGACUUCAGCAUCGUCCAGGUCGUCGGCGUCGGCGGCUCCGGGCGGGUGCUCCAGGCCCUGCACAGGCCCAGCGGGGAGAUGCGCGCCGUGAAGGUGAUGAGCAAGGCCCGCCUGCUCGAGCAGGAGCAGCGCCUGGAGCGCGUGGUCACGGAGCAGCGCAUCCUCGCGCGGCUGGCGCACCCCUUCGUGGUGUCGCUGCACUGGGCCUUCCAACGAGUUCUCACUUGUUCCUGGUGCUCGACUUCUGCUCAGGCGGAGAGCUGUUCUUCCACAUGCAGGAGAGGGGGCGUUUUGCCGAGUGCGACGCCCGCUUUUUCUUCUGCGAGAUCCUGCUCGGGCUGGAGUACUUGCACUCGCAGCAGAUCCUUUAUCGAGAUUUGAAGCCAGAGAACUGCCUUUUGGGUGCCGAUGGUCACGUCCGGCUGACCGACUUCGGCCUCUCCAAAGAAUGCUUGUCGCGCGACCGCCCCGUAUUCACGUCUUUUGUUGGAACUGCGGGGUACCUUUGCCCAGAGAUGGUUGGCCGACAGGGGCAUGGAUUCCCUUUGGAUUACUAUUGUCUGGGAUGUUUGUUGUAUUGCUUGCUCACGGGCUCCUUGCCACACUACGAGGGCGACUACAAGGCAAUGAUCCAGCGCCGCGUCAAGGGGGAGCAGUGCUCCUAUCCUGCAUGGAUCCUGCACGACGCGCAGAGAAUCCUCAGUGGCCUUCUUGCAGCAGACCCUGCGAGCCGGCUGGGAACAACCAGGGGGGCCAUAGAGGUGAAGGAGCAUGCGUGGCUGGAGGACGUCGACUGGGCCCGCGUGUACAGGAAGGAGCCACAACCGUGCUUCCCCAAUUUCCCGCCGGUGGUGCCCAAGCAGGACGCCCACGCGAACUUCGCCUCCGAGUUCACCGGGCAGCGGGCUCCCCUGAACCUGCGCGGCUUCGCCGACGAGCCAGGCGCGAAUGACAGCAGGGCGUGCGUGCGCGUGGACGGCUUCUCGCAGGUCGGCGACCUUCGCUGACUGAUCGCGAGGGUGUGAGCUCCCACCAUCUGAGGCCCAGAGGAUGGCACCAGCACCAGUAUCGGCGAGCGCCUCCAGCGAGGGAAACUGAUCCCGAUCUCGGUGGCGGUGGUAGCGCUGGGGCUUCUCUCGGCGGCGAGCGAGGAUGACCCCGCGAUCGUGCGUCGCGGGGCGCGGUGCGCGAAGCCAUGGGUGACUCAGAGCCCAGCUUCCGCGCUGGUAGCAUUGCCUCUCGUCUGACUCUGCCGCGUCCAGCCGGGUCCGGUCUUAUUCGGGCCCCAUCUGGCGGCUUUUCGAGCCCAGUCUGGCCUGAUAGUCCCUUCAUCGGGGUCAGUAGCCCUUGGUCGUCUCAGACCUCCCCACCAGUUGCCUCCUAAACCAGGAGUUGCACGCCAAUUAAUCAGGCACGUGAGCCGUGCCUGCUUCCUCCCCC